AUGAGUAAAAAGGUUCAUUCACAAGGAAAUGUCCCCUUCUCGUGGGAGAACAAGCCUGGCGUAAGGAAGAUUACGCUACAAGAAUAUGACGUCCACCACCACCAAUAUUUUGCACCACCAAAACUGCCGCCUCCACCUUGUCCGCCCGAAAACGGUAGGGCUUCUUUCCAUGACAUGCAAAUUCCACUUCCACCAUGCACUUUCCAACAGCUAUCAAGAAGUGAUUCAAGAAAGGGUCUUAAAAAGAUUGAUGAUCCAUUUCUGAUUGCCUACAAAGAGUGCACCAAGAGCACUAGAAAAGGUAAGACUACAUCGUGUGCCGGUCGAGAAGACAAUAAAGGGUUUGGACUGACAAAAAAGAAUGUGCCUGUGUCUGUUUUUUCAUGUAAGAAGUCAUGUAGUGUGAGAGAGGAUAGUAUAAUUAAGUUAUCUUAG